CAUAACUGACCAAGAACAUGAAAAAAGGACAAGAUGGAUGGAAAAAAGAACGAAAGAAAGGUUUAGGAAGAAAAUAAAGUGUGAAGAUGUGUAUGCAAGAUCAAGAAGCUCGAGUCCCGAUGUUUACUCAAAAUUUUUGGAAAACCAUCGCAAAUCUCAAGAACUGAAACUUAAUUCUUUAAAAAAGUCAAAUGAUUCUACUGAUGAUGAGAAUAAACCCCCUGAAUUAACCGAUAAUGAUAAUAAAUCUCUUGAAGUUCCUAAUUAUUCUGAUAUAACCUCUGGUAAUGAUAAAAGUAAUGAAAACCAAGAGUCUGAAAGUGACAGUGAUGAGGAAUACGGCCCUAAACCUUUGAAAAAUAGUACUUCUUUGGAUUUUAAAGUGAGUUAUGGCGGUGAACUUAUGCCAGGUGAAGGAGAUGCCAUUGCACAGUAUAUUCAAAAGGGGAAGAGGAUACCCAGAAGAGGUGAAGUUGGACUUACUACAGAACAAAUUGAAAAUUUUGAGAAAAUUGGCUAUGUUAUGAGUGGAUCAAGGCAUAGAGCUAUUAACAGGAUGAGAAUUAAAAAGGAGUCUAUGGUGUUAACUGCUGAGCAAGAAAGGGCAAAGGCCUUGGAAAAGUACGAGAGUAGAAUGAGAAGAGAAAAUGAAAUAUUAAAUCACUUCAGAGAAAUGAUAAUGAAGAAACAGGAGGAAAAUAAUCAAAAUUGAUCAUUUUGUAAAUCAUAAAAUAUAAU